AUGCCCGGAGCACGUCCGCGCACGGGAGAAUCUCCCGCUCGGUCCGACGCGGAGCUCAGCGACGAUGAACUGCUCCUUGCGCCUCGUCGCGGUUCCAUUUUUCUGACUGCGACAGCUGUCCAGGAAGAUGGGACCGAAACUUCCGCUCAGGAAGACGAGACCGAAGACGAGACCGAGGCGUCUGCUCAGGAAAACGAGACCGAAGACGAGACCGAGGCGUCCGCUCAGGAAGACGACACCGAAGCGUCCACUCAGGAAGACGAGUCUGAGUCUUCGGGCGAGGAGGUCGAGGAGCUUCUGCGCCCUGUCCGCCUGCCUACCCCGUCUCUCUACGCCACGGACAGCGACGAGGACGUUAUCUACACCAACCCGCGCCCCGCCGCCACCUUUUUUCAGGGCGACCGUCUGACCCUUCUUCAAGACUAUCUUCCCACGUACACCGAGCUCCGCGCCACCCAUUCAAUCCGCUACUCUUCGCACGACAUAUACGAAGUCUACCGCGAGCGUUGGCCCGAGGACAUGCAUCGUGUUCGCGAGUACGCGCCUGACCGUCUUCCCUCGGCACGCCCGGCCCGCGGGUUCUGGGAAUAUUCCCGGACUUUGGUUCGCGUGAGUCCUUCUUUCGUCACCGUCUCGAUGCCUACACUCACCGCGCACACGUUUAGCGUAUCGAGGCCUGGCUUGAGCGCCACUUUUGCGCCAACGCUGCUGACUUUGAAUAAGUACUUCGGGAUCUCGCACUCGCAGACUGCCCUCUCUGUACCGCUAUCGAGUCCGUUUGUACGCGCAGCACUUUGA